AUGCCCGCCCUCGACCCCCACGUCGCCACCCUCCUCGACAAACACGUCACCACCCACGACUCGGACGACGAAGACGCGCUAAUCGCCGAACUCGAAGCCGAAGACAACGACGACAAUACCACGCUCGCCCACCUCCGCUCCGAAAGGAUAAACCAGCUCCACGCCGAAUACACGCGCACCAAGACUCUUAAGGAACAACCGGGUCAUGGCAAAUACAUGGAGAUCAAAGACGAAAAAGAAGUCCUCUCCAUCACCACCAGCACGAAAUUAUGUGUAGUCCACUUCAUGAAACCCGACUUCAACCGGUGCAGGAUCAUGGACGAGAAAUUGGCUGUGUUAGCCGAACGACACCUGGACACCCGCUUCGUAUCUGUCAAUGUAGACAAUGCUCCUUUUCUGGUAGUGAAACUGGGGAUUCAGAUUUUGCCUUGCGUGCUGGCGUUUAUUGAUGGGGUGGGGGUGGAUCGGGUGUUGGGGUUUGAGGGGCUGGGGAGUAGGACGGAUACUUUUACCGUCAGGGAGUUGGAGGUGAGGUUGUUGGGGACGGGGGUGUUGGUAAGGGGGAGUAUGGCUGAGGGGGAGGAGAGGAGAAGCAAGAGAGAGGUGGAGGAUGUGGUUGAUGAGGGGGAUGACUGGGAUUGA